CCGCUCCUCUUUGCGCCUGAACAACCACCUUCACUGCCCCCGGAGCGAUAAAACAUGCGUCUCAUCAUCCGCGACGAUCCGGUGCAAGUAGGCGACUACAUCGCCAAUUAUAUCUGCAAGCGUAUCAACGAAUUCGCACCGACGGCCGAAAAGCCUUUCGUCAUUGGUCUUCCGACCGGAAGCUCGCCCAUUCCGACUUACAAGUCGCUAAUCCGACUUGUAAAAGAAAACAAACUCUCCUUUAAGCACGUUGUCUCCUUCAACAUGGACGAGUAUGUCGGACUGCCUCAAGAGCACUCCGAGUCCUACCAUACUUUCAUGUUCCGCGAGUUCUUCUCGCACAUCGACAUCCCGCCUUCGCAGGUCAACAUCCUGAACGGGAAUGCUGAAGACCUGAUCGCGGAAUGCAAUUCAUACGAGGAAAGGAUCAAGAAAUACGGGGGUAUUGAGCUUUUCCUUGGUGGUAUCGGGGAGGAUGGUCACAUUGCUUUCAACGAGCCCGGAUCUUCACUCAAAUCCCGCACUCGUAUCAAGACUUUGGCGUACGACACCAUCCUCGCUAACGCGCGCUUCUUCAAUAACGACAUUUCUGCGGUACCGCGGAUGGCGCUUACGGUCGGAGUUCAAACCGUGUUAGAUGCGCGGGAAGUCGUCGUUGUGGUCACUGGCCAGAGGAAAGCUCUGGCAUUGAGCAAGGCCAUCGAGGAGGGCGUGAACCACCUGUGGACGCUGAGUGCAUUACAAAUGCACCCUUGGGCGUUGAUUGUCGCGGACGAAGAGGCCACGGCUGAGCUCCAUGUGAAGACAGUCAAGUAUUUCAAGUCCAUUGAAAUGGUCCAAGACGAGGUAGAACGCACGCAGGCAGCCUUGAAGGCCAAGGGUCUCAGUACCGGUGAACAUGAUCAGCAUGGUAUUCAAGAGUGAUCUGCUAUCAAAAAGCGUUGAGCAUAAAACAUAUGUAUUUCUUGUCUAUUCACGGUUUCAAGUAGCGAUGCCAAUAGCAUCAUGUUACCGUAACUUCGCGCGGGCUCGAUCCAAUGAAAGGCAUUUUGUAACGAA